AUGUCCAAGCCAGAGAACUAUUAUGGUCAAAAACCCAUGCCAAGAUCUCUGACUGAAAUCCAGAAAUGUACAUUGGAACAGAAAUUGUCUUGUGUUUAUCAGCCCUUGAUAGAGACACAGUUAGAGAAUAUCAUUCUUGAUGAGCUUCAUCUCAUGCUUAGAAUCACAGGUGAGAUUAGUAUUACAUUGUAUGAUUUGGGCAAUCUAUAUGAAUUUCAGUUACAGGCUAAAAUAUUCUCUAAAGAAAGAUACCCCUUCCCCAGGACCUGAUAUUUUAACAUGUAUAUAAGUCACAUUAAACUUUCUAGGUGAAAUAUUUUUGAGACCGUAAUUCAAAUUAUUCCUUUUUGUGUUCAUACCGAUACUAUUGAUGUCCUGACCAAAAAUCUGGUUUCAGCUGCUAUCAACUGGGAUAAGGCAGACAAUAUGAACAAAUGCCCAUGUGAAAGGACAACUGCACACCUAGAUGCCCUAAUAGGUGCUAUAAACAACUGCAGAGUUUGUUUUCAAGUAUGGGAGAAAAAGGAUACAGAUGGCAAGAGGAGUGGAACAUAUGAUUUCACAAGCUUAAUGGGGAAUGAUAAAAAACUGCUUUUGGAGCCUUCACAAAAAAUUGCCUGGUGUAAUUAA